CCUCUCUGAGGAUGUACCUCUUUUGCUCGAAGAUGCGCACCAAGAUGUGCUCGCUUUCCUCACGGUCAUGUCUUCCGACGACUGGGAGAUCUUCUAUGUCGUCACCGGGAUGAUCGUUCUCUGGGUGCUCGGAUGGGGCUGGUACUUCGACUUCAGCUUCGAGAACUGUGAGUGUAUUCACCUGCCUGCUAGUGCUAUAUGCUGACAGAUACGAUUGCAGUCCUGACCUACCUUGACACCACUCGCGGAGACAGGUAUGCACUGCCGGUGCACGACAUCAAUGCUGCUUCUCCACCCAAGACUCGUGCUGCUUCUUCUUCCCCGAGCAAAGUCGCUUCCACAGAGCACUCCCCGCACACCAGUGCGAAAAGAGACUCUCUGGAGCGCCCGGCUUUUGAGUGGCCGGAGUGGAUGUCCCACUUCAACCCCAACUCUCCCCGCGACCCUCCCGGAGGCUACUACAAGCCGAACAUCUUCUCCCGGUUGAGACGGGCACAGGAGCAGCCAGCCGUCGUCAAGGAGCCAGGAGAGCCUCAAGGCCUUGUCGUCGAGGAGAAUGAGUCCUCUGAGAGGGUUGAAGUCGCCAACCCUACUCAUGACUCCGCCUUCCUCGUCGACGUUCUGGCCACUGAGCCUCUCCAAGCUCCCUCGUCGGUUUCUGCUCCUGUGUUUGCCCCUCUCGCUGAGCCCUUCCAGGCUCCUCCUUCAGCACCCCCGCCAGUCUUCGUUCAGGCCACUGUAGUAGCCCAAGCCCCGGUUCCAGCCCCCACUCCAUCUCCAGAGCUGAUGCUCGCAUCCGUCUUCCAGAACCUCGAAAACGGGGCAGAUGUCCUCCAGUUGGCAAUGCUUCUCUUCCUCAGCCUCGUGUCACUCGAUGACUACCACUCCUCGGCCGAGAGCAUUGCCAACUGGAUCGACAAUGCGUAUCAAGCCCUCUUGCCUUUCUUCCCACAUGGGUUACCCUCUGGCGCGUCAAGCGAGAUCAGCUGGAUUUCGUGGUUCAAGCAAUUCUGGGACGAAAUCCAGCCCAUGGGGUAUCUGUUCCAGGCGCACCACGACUCAAGGCUGAUGACUUUCUAUCGAGGCGUCCUCACUUUUGGCCUGUACUUGGGCUUGACGCUUGAAGCGCCCAACUUCACUCCGCCUGCGCCGCCGCCACCACCACCACCGAUGAUGCAACUUCCGCCAGCGCUCUCGAUACAGCACGAGCAGGUUGUUGCUGAAACGGUUCACGACGCCCCCCAAGCCCGUUCAACGCCCUCACUGGUCUCUGACUUCAACACCUCAAAGGCUCGCCAGCAUCAAAAGUCCAACCAGAUAGUCCAUCGGCCACAGGGCGUCAGGAAAUCGACCUCUGCACGUGUAUUGGUUGCACUGCCGGCUUCUGCGCCUGAAAAGGAAGCAGAACCGGUCUCUGUACCGAUACAAGCAGCAGCGACGAUUUCCAGACAAGCCCCUGUCCAGCCAGAUGAUGAACUGCCUCCGAUGCCAACAAGCUUUGAGGAUGAUGAUGAGAUCUCUGAGAUGAGCGCAGAUACGCUGAAGGGGUUGACUCCGAAGUCGUUUGGAUGGGUUGGUGACGACCAGGUGGGUGAGAUGCUCUGGGGGAAAGGUUCCUUCAAAGGAUACGACCUUCUCUUACGCGGCGACGAGAAUUCCUGGACGCGAAAGUCCGUGGAGAAACAGCUCAAAGAUAUGGCCUUGUUGUUCAAGAGGGCGACCAUCGUGCUGUUCCUCCAAGCGAACACGGAAUUUUGUCAAUUCCACUCCGAGCCCGCUCGACUUGUCACCAAUGUCAAGCACUUCGUCACCAAAGCUGGGCGUAUGACGAAGCAUUGCGGCGCAGAUGCAUCGGCGGUUGCGACCUGGUCGCCAUGGAUCGAGGCAUGCGAGUUCUUUCACCAGAGCUUGCGUGCCAACUCGGAAAUCCAGACCAGGUUGAGGAAGAACUUCGGCAUUGAUGGCUACACGUGGGAGAGCCUCGAGGAGAGGUGGGAUGAGUACAAACCGCUCUGGGUUUCAGAUUUGAUGGACCCAGAGGAGGCACUCGCUUUCAUGAACGCAGACGAGUAGGGACGGUGCAAAGAUCGCCGUCGCCGCCUGGAACCCACCUGACCAGCACAACUGCCACCUGCCUGAAAUGUCAUUGUCGGCGUCAGGAUGCCUCAACAGAAUUGGCAUGAGCUUCCAGAUCGAGUUGUAUGUAUGCCUCUUGGCUCUACCUUUUUGGCGCAAUGGCUGACUCUUGUACAGUGUCUGUC